UGUGCUGCAGAUUGAUGCCGUCACCCGCUACCAGUCGUCAUCUGGCAUCGACCACGUGCGAAUCCAUCAGUCAGCUUGUCUGAUCGCCGUCCUUCAUCGUCGUCGUCGUGCGUGAUUGGAUUGGAAGAAAGAUAAUGUCCUGGGAUUGUCUGCCGCAGGAGCUCUACGAGCACAUCUUCAAGAAUCUCGACUUCGACGAGCGGAAACCGGUGGCCUUGGUGUGUCGCCGCUGGAAUCGGGCCGUCUUUUCCCGUCCGCUAUGUCGCAGUUUGUGUAUGGAGCUGAGUCGAGGAGUGUGGGACGCGAGCGGAGAGAAGGAACAGGUGACGGUGGUGGAUGACGCAGUGGUCGAGGCUAGUGAGCGUGAUUACCGUACGGUUUACGUUAAGUGGUGCAAAGAUUCCAGUCCGGAAGUGUUGACGUCAAUUAAUCGGUUGCUCAGAGAACUGGACGAGAAAUGCUUGCUGGAGGGACUGACCAUUGACGCACCCCUCGGGAAGAUGUUGUCAGACUUUUUUCAAACACAUAAGGAGCUGUUGGCGCGCAUUCAGAAGUUGCAAGUCUCUACCGGGACGAGAGAUAAUGUAUUGAAGGUGGACCAAUGUGUGCUGAAGAUGGACCACCUUCAAACACUGUUCUGGAGAGAAAUUGUUCCGGGUGCUCUCGUUUACAACGAGAAAGCAGUAUUUGUGAUAGAAGCCCCUAAGCUCCACUCUGCUAUAGUGAAAUUUGGUGAUUCUGAUUUAGAUAGGAGAAUUGCUUGGCAUAACAGUUUCAUGGAGCUGAAUCAGACCUCAAGUCUCAAAUCAUUGAAAGUGCAUUUACAUCCGAGGAUGUGGAACCAAUUCUUCAAACAGAGAUUAGAUGCACUGGAAGAUCUGACAAUUCACCAUAGGAUAGAGGAAGAAUAUUCCCGUGACUGGGAUGGUAUGUUCUCAAACAUGCCAAACUUGCAGUCGAUUCAAAUGAGAAAAGUCAAUGAUGUGAUUCUGAACGCAAUAAAUCGCCACUGCUCUCAGUUACGAGUGCUCCUGUUGGAUAACGUAGAUCUCACAGACGGAUUUCUGUCCGUAGACAGAGUAUUCCCACAGCUUGAACAUUUCCGAUUGGAAACAGCUGAAAUACAAUCCAAUAAGACUCUCUACCUUCCCAGCCUGAAACACCUCGAAUGGUUCAACGUUAAGAAUCUAUUCGAUCAGUCGCUAACCCUAGCUGCUCCCAUGCUCCGCACUCUACGUCAGUCCAGGGACGAAGCGUCCGACUUUAUUCUCACCAGCAAAUCCCCGUUGGAAAAACUUCAGCUCGACCUGCACGAAUCGGACAUCCCAGAACACUUCUUCCAACCAUUCCCGGAUAUGCGCGAACUGAGCAUUCGCGUCAGCUCGGCUCAGCCGGAUUUGUCUCGGAUGAUCCCGCACUUCCGAAACAUCACCGAGUUUGUGCUGAUCGCGUACAAUGCUCCGCUGCAGUGCGAUCAGAUGCUGAACGAGAUGUUCAAACACUGCAACAACAUCACCUCGAUGACCCUAUGCGGCUUCAACCCGAACCUGGAACUAUCAUUCCCGGUGUUUGCUCAGAUAUUCCGGAAUCGAAAUCUGAAGUCAUUGAAGCUGUUCGGAUUGACCAUAACGGGUAACUCGUUUCCGGUGCAGCUCCUUCCGGGUCUACAAACAUUCGAACUGCGCCAGGUCAAGGUGAUGGACGUGGCAUUCGGCGCGUAUGUCUUUCCUCCUGACGAACCUCAUCGAGUAGUUUGCCUGCAGAGCGACGACUGCUGCAGCUACUCCUCCAGUGAUUGUGAAUGAUGGCAAACACGGCGGCUAAACGGGCUGUCGUGUGCUCGCCGGGUUGUUUUAAGUUACGAUUCUAAGUCGCAGUAUUUAUGGUUUAUGUUUUCGGGAACAUUAUCCUUUUCAAGUGCAUCGAGAUCGUGGCGAUAAGCUUUAAGCAAGGUAUUGAAACCAAGUUUAUCACUUUGACCCUGGUGGUCGGAAGUUGAACUGUUCAGAAACUGCUGAUUCAAAGCUUGUACAUUGAGAAAAAUUGGACGGUGACAAUAAUGAAAUUUUGAUUUGAAUGUGUGAUAAAAUUAACAUAAUUCAUCCAUUAUCCAAUUCAGAACGCGUGCUGUAACAACAUAGUUGAAAGUCAAACCUAUUUAAACAAAUCAGCAGUGAAAAGGAAAAUCUUAUUUUGUUCUCAUUCUUUAAGCUUUUUCAUUUACAUCACUCUGAACAACACACUAAAUUCAAUAGGUAAUAAUAGAAAUUGCAUAAGUUAUCUCAGGAAUGUCUUCAAUACAAAACUAGUCAAAUGAGUGAGCCUUACAAUUACUGCCCAUUUACGCACAGCAAUAAACAGUCCACAUAUGAGUUUUUACUAAGCAAAACUGGGUUCAAUUUGUUUUGAUAUUGAGGUUUUAUUUGAUAUUUUCCUAUCAGGACAAGCUAAGACGUAAUCCAUUCCAUAAGCAUAGCUGCCCACAGCCAAAUGAUGUGGAAUAGAGAUAAAUGAAGAAAAUGUAAUAUUUCUA